AUGAUUGGGUCCAAAUCGAAAAAGGCAGAGGAGAAGAAUUUCUCGCUGCCAGAAGAAAUUAUGAGCGAGAUCUUCGUGAGGUCGCCGGUGAAAUCAUUGUUGAGAUUUAUGUGCGUUUGUAAAUCAUGGCAGGCUUUGAUCGGAAGCCCUUAUUUUAGAGGCGUUCAAUCUCAGCAACAACUCAACCGCCACAAAAACGACACAAUGGAUCCGAUUAAGAGCCUAACUCGUUUCUGUAAUCCAGUUACUCAAGAGUAUAUUAAACUUACUUUUGCAACCUCUGAUUAUGAUGAGAAGGGAACCGAGGCGUUGGGAUUUGGUUUUGAUAGGUUUGCUAACGCUUACAAGUACGUCAGGAUUGUAGCGAUUUGGAAUGCGGAGGAUUUGGACGACGAACGGGUUCAAUUUGCAGUGGAAAUUUGCAAACUCGGUACGGAUGGUGAUUCUCUCACCUUGCCAGAACAUCCUCCUAACCAAGUUCAGGAAUUUCUAAUCCUUACUUUUGACCUUCGUGCUGAGACAUUUGGAAGGAUAGAAGUAGUUCAUCUAAUGAAUUACCACCAUAUAUUCGGCCCUGGUUCUGUUGGUGGUCGCCGUGGUGGUCGUUUCAGCAUUUGGAAACUUACGGUCCUAGAUGACUGCCUUGCGGUUGUCAUUAUAAAAUUUCCACCAGAAACCGUAGGCAAUAUGUUGGUUGAUGUGUGGGUGAUGAAGGAAUACGGGAAUAAGGAGUCAUGGACAAAGACAUGUUCGGUUGGACCAAUGUUUUCACAUGUACUACCUCGUCAUGCGAAUCAGGUGAUUUGUUUGAACGGUGACGAGCUCGUCGCGAUAACCAAUGAUGCAGGCUUGGGCUCUUGGAAGGUUGGUCCUGAAGAAGAAGAGAAGGAGGAGGAACACAAAAUUACAACGUUCCACAUCAAUUGUAAGCAUGUCAAAAGCUCGUCAUUGCAUAUUCAAGCUGUCAUCUUUCAACCAUCUUUGGUUUCUAUUGUCGGACGCUGGAGAAAGCUUUGA